CAAUUAAGACUUCCGAGUAAGCGAUUAUGUGGGUCUUCAAAAGGAUGGCUAAUAACUCUGGAUGAGAACUUCGUUGUGACCUUAAUGAAUCCAUUCUCUAUGGUUGAAGGAUGUAAAGAGAAAGAAAAUUCAAUCAUUCGCCUUCCUCCACUAGCGCGUAUGUACGACUUUAGAGAACCCGAUUAUCAUGUGUAUAAGGCUACAAUUUCAGCAGACCCAAUUUUAAAUGCACAUGAUUUUAUUGUUACGGUCAUAUACAGAUUUUUUUUCUAAUUUCGCUGUUAUCAGACCUGGUAAAGAUACAGAGUGGUCGUAUAUUAAUUUUAAUUUGGCGGAUGAUUACGAAUUCCGACGAUUUCAUGAAGUUGUUCACCUUGGAGAUAAAUUUUAUUGUCUACAUAAUGAUGAUAGAAUUUUAAGUUUUGAUGCUCGGGAUACAAUUGAACUUUCUGAAAUUAUAAGUGAAUUGGAAGUAAAGUGGGGAAGCUUGACACCUAUGGAAGGGUUUGGUUCACAAAGCCGCGCUAACAAGACAUAUAUUGUGGAUUCCAAUGAGAAAGGGUUUUUGAUCGUGAAAAGGUAUAAAAUUUGGGAAGGUAAUUGGCCAGAUGAGAAGGCUGUCACAUUUAAAUUUGAAAUUUUCGAACUAAAUUUUGAUAAGCAUGAGUUGAUUGAGAAAGAAACCUUGGAUGAUGCUGCCCUUUUUUUGGGUGAUAAUUCUUCCAUGUUUGUUUUGGCUUCAAAAUUGCCAGGAUGUCAGCCCAACUGCAUAUACUUCACCUCAGAUUAUCAACGUUCGUCUUGGGUACUUGAAGAUUUUGGCGUGUAUAACAUCAAAACUCAAAGCAUUUCAAAGCCUUACACGACAACUGCUAUGACCCUGUUGGCGAGGACUAAGCAACCAGAAAUUUGGGUUAUGCCAACUUGUCGACAGUGAAAAGCUCCUUUUGUGGCUUCUUGUUUUUAUUGUUAAUUUGUGACUUGAAUGUCUUUUUGGUUUUUGUUUUCUGUUUCAAACUAUUUUCUUUCGUUGAAGCUCCUUCUUGUGCUCUUGUAUUUGACGUAGUGUGCUCUUAAGUAUUUGCCAUAUAUUUUGUACAAUGAACACUUUUGCCAUGGCUGAAG